GUUUUUCCACUCGUCUACGCGAUUGCAGUUUCUUAAUUUCUAAGACUCCAUCUUCAUAAAAAUCCCCCAAAUCUUGUAUCCGCCUGGUAAUUUGAUCAAAAAUGGCAUCGCAAAACCUAAAAAACCCUAGAAAUCUGUAUCCAGAAGUAAUUCAAUCACACCCAGAUUCAGCCUCAACACAUUCUUAUUCAUCAUCAUCCUAUUCUCCUUCUGCUCCGUCUCUAUACCCAACUAUUGAUAUGAAAGAUAUCCACGAAGAUCUGUUGGUUGACACCCAUCAGUCUUACGCUCCACAACUACUGUCGCCAUUCGAAUCAUCUGAGGAAGUUAUUAUCAAAAUCCCAGGUUCAAUUAUCCAUCUAAUCGAUGAGCAACAGAGCAUCGAACUUGCUUCCGGGGAAUUAGAAAUAAUCCGUCUCCGCCAAGGGAACACCGUUGUCGCUGUCUUAGCACGUGUCGGCGACGUAAUUCAAUGGCCGCUUGCGAAAGACGAAGCCGCCGUGAAAUUAGACGGAUCACACUAUUUCUUCACUCUUCGCGUGCCUUCCGAUACAAAAUCCGGAAAAGAUUCGGAUUUCGAAUCUGAGAGUUUGUUAAAUUACGGGCUAACGAUUUCGGGUAAAGGUCUGGAGAAGGAGUUAGUGGACUUCGAUCGGGUUUUAGAGGAGUAUAGUGCGUUUUCGGUGAAGGAGGUCAAGAGGAGUGUGUCGGCAGCGGUGGCGGUGGAUAAUGGUGGUUCUGCGGAGGCUAAAGCCGCGGCGUAUUGGACGACAUUGGCGCCAAAUGUUGAGGAUUAUAGUGGGUCUGUUGCGAGGAUGAUUGCUGCGGGAUCAGGUCAGUUAAUCAAGGGGAUUUUGUGGUGUGGAGAUGUGACUGUGGAUCGAUUAAAAUGGGGAAACGAGUUUUUGAAAAAGAGGACGAAACCUGGUUCAAAAUCUGAAGUUAGUCCAAAAGCUUUGAAGAGAGUGAAGAGGGUUAAGAGAUUGACAAAGAUGUCAGAAGGCGUAGCAACCGGGAUUCUUUCUGGUGUUGUGAAGGUAUCUGGAUUCAUCACAGGUUCCCUCGUGAACUCCAAACCCGGCAAGAAGUUCUUCAACUUCAUCCCUGGUGAAAUAAUUCUCGCGUCUUUGGAUGGUUUCAAUAAAGUAUGUGAAUCCCUUGAAGUUGCAGGGAGAAACGUGAUGUCCACAACAUCAACUGUCACAACGGACUACGUUUCACACAGGCAUGGGGAAGAUGCAGCAAAAGUUACACAUGAAGGAAUGGGUGCAGCAGGGCAUGCGAUAGGGACAGCUUGGGCUGUGUUUAAACUACGAAAAGCACUGAACCCGAAGAGUGCAAUCAAGCCAACAACACUUGUGAAAGCUGCAGCCUUACAGACGAAAUCAUCUAAAUCAAAAUCUAAGUCGAAUACAUAGAAGUUGUAAAAGUUUCUUGGAGUUAAUAUUUAUGUGAUAAUGUGUUUUGAUUCAUUCUUUUGUCAUUUCCUUUUUGUUUAUCCUAAUUAAGGAAAUCAAAUUUUGUUAUUAUCUUGAGUACAAUAUGUAAUUUUAUCGGUUAG